UUUGGGUAGGAGUGAGGGUAUUCGUACUGGAGAGGGAGCUGUUGAAAGGCGUGGAUAUGGCGGCGGAGAUACUCAACCUUGCUGCCAGUACGGCCACCACCACUGUCACUUAUCGCAGCUGACGCAUCAACCGUCAACCAUCCACCGAUCAAUCCUCCAUCGUCAACACUCGUCGUCAAUGAUCAAACAGAAUCAAUAGCAUUAUCAAGUGCAGUAUCGCGCAAUUAUAUGCCGAAACACCCCAAGCCAAUACGCUUCUCUAAUUCACGUACCGUUUGUACCUGCUGACUGAUUUGUUAUGUGUUCUCUCUCGUCUCUACCCUUUUCCGAGUCGGCGAUUCGGCAGAGCUGGAACAAAAGGGCUACGCUCGGCUUGCAACGGCCUAUAUCAACCUUUUGAUUCCGCACUUUCCCAUGGAUUUAUCAAUCGAACCUAAACAUUAUCUCCGUUGCUGACCAUGAAGGGGCCAACAAGGCCAAGCAAAAGGGGGGGCCAGUCACCUGGUAUCCCCAGAAUUACCAUGAACUCGUCCUCUGCGAUGUAAGUGGCUGUCAAUUGACUGAUCUUCAAACGCCUCCCAUUAAAGAAGUUUUUGUGUUACUGAGAAAAAGGGUCCUGUCGACGUCAUAUUUUGUUCGGGCCCGGGACAGACGCGUCGUUUUUUCUUAUCCAAACUUCGCCGCCCGCCUAACGACCACCACCGAGAAAUUCUGAGACCUGCGGACCGGGCGCACGGUAAGUAGACAAGGCAAGACAGACCAUGCGGGUGCGCCUUCUCUUCUACCACAACAUGCAACCUUCCCCCAGCAAUUGCUCACCGCAAUCGACAAUGCGUCCGAUUACGGAGUUUUAACAGGGGAAAAGGGAAUAAAGAAAGAUUAUGCAAAAUAUUAUAGCCUCGAAUAGAAGACCGAAUAGAGGGAACUCACGAAUAGACAACACGUUGAAACAAACACACCGUUGCCGCCGAGAUCCUUACUCGGAUUAGAGCCAAUGGAACGAACUGACCUUCCUUUCUCCAACUACGCCUAUCCACCAUCAAACUACCAUCAUUAGCUCCCGCACCAGAAAGUUGCGUGUGACUAACAGACCUUCCACCCCUCAACACCCGUCUUCCGUCUUUCCCUUCUCCAAAGCCGGUGCAGUGGCUACAAAAGUGAACCCCAACCCCUCGUCUUGACUCGCUCGACUUUUUUUCUCCCUUUCCUCUUCCAACACAUACACUCAUAUAACAGCAGCACACCCAAGCUCUGUUAUUCCCCCAUUGCCUCUUCUAUCUACUCUCUCCAUCUUCUCAAUUGCAACGAGAAGUCUAUCUCUUCUAUCUCUUAUCACUUCACCGCAUACCAUCGGGCGAUAACCCCCACCACAACAACCCCUCAUGUCUCCCUCCGCCGUAUCCGCCACGCCUCCCCAGGCCAUGGCGCAAGGAACCACCCUGAUCGCCGACGCCGUGGCCGCGAAGCUCUCCAGCACCACCGCGCCCUCCCUCGCGGCCCUCGACGCCUCAAAGCUGACCCGCACGCGCACGACAACCCCCCGCACCGUCCCCGCCCUCGACGACCCCAUCCGCAACGUCUCCUCCUUCGCGACAGACCACAUGAUAACAUGCACCUGGAACGUGAACAGCGGCUGGGGCGUCCCCGAGCUGAAGCCCUACGGUCCCUUCUCCAUCAUGCCCACGGCCUCGGUGCUUCACUACGCCACCGAGUGCUUCGAGGGGCUUAAAUGCUACCGCGGCUACGACGGCAAGGUCCGCCUCUUCCGCCCAGACUGCAACGCGAAGCGCCUCCUCAUGUCAUCUGCGCGCAUCGCGCUCCCGACCUUCGACACCGCGGAGAUAGAGAAGCUGAUCGCCGAGCUCGUCGCCGUUGACGCCGCCAAAUUCCUGCCCAAGUCCGAUGCGGGGAAGUUCUUGUAUCUCCGCCCUACGAUGAUCGGCACGCAAGCCGAGCUGGGCGUCCAAACCCCCAAGGAGGCAAUGCUCUUCAUCAUCGCGACAUACAUGCCCGAGCUCUCCGAGACCCCCGGCGGCAUGAAGCUUCUCGCCUCGCAAAACGACACCGUCCGCGCGUGGCCCGGUGGAUUCGGAUUCGCCAAGGUAGGCGCGAAUUACGGACCUAGUCUGAUGGCGCAGCAAGAAGCGCGGAGGUUGGGGUUCAACCAAGUCCUCUGGCUUUUGGGGGAUGAGGCGCAGGUUACGGAGGCGGGAGCGAGUAAUUUCUUCACGGUGAUGAGGAGUAAGGAGGGGGGAAAGUUGCAGUUGAUUACGGCGCCGUUGGAUAGUAAGGUUAUUCUUGAUGGGGUGACGAGGAGGAGUGUGAUUCAGCUUGUUAAGGAGAGGUUGAGUGGGAAGGGCGAGUUGGAGCCGAUUGAGGUGGUGGAGAGGGAGUAUACUAUGCAGGAGAUUGUGGAGGCGUCGGAGGAGGGGAGGUUGGUGGAGUGUUUUGCUUGUGGGACGGCUUUCUUCGUCGCACCGGUGUCGAAAAUCCACUUCCGUGGCGUUGAUAUCGAUGUCCCAAUGGCUCAGGGAGAGGUUGGCGAUUACACCAAUGUCAUCAAGAACUGGCUCGUGGAUAUCAUGUACGGCCGCGAGGACCACCCAUGGGGUGUGGUCGUUGAGGAGAAGGAGGUUUAAGGGGUGGUGGGGAAUGUCUAUAUAUGAUGAGGGAUGAGAUGAGAUGAUGACGAUGAAAGAAAGCAUCCAUGGCGUUUUGAUUUGGGGAGCUUUUGCCUCCUGGAGGUAGUUUAUCGAAGCGCAUGAUUUUGAUAGACUACGCUUGAUAGAAUACGCCUGAUGUUUUUUGGAUGGACAUGGAAAAUGGGCGGGGGUUUGAGAUAAAUAAGUUUGGUG